AGGACUCCCUUGUUCCUUCUGGCCCCGCUUGUGGCUCCCUCUGUUCCCCCGACCACUACCCAACGUCCUUCACCCCUCGGCUACGUCUGCCCGCGAGGAGCACACAGAUUCCAAUGGGUCGGCAGCCUGGUCCCCGAAUUUGGCAUCUCCAGCUCAAAUGUGAAGAUUCUUUCCACUCCAACAGAGUUCUACCAGGUCAUGAAAGCCCAGGUGAAGGCUGCUAAGAGGCGGAUAACUAUGGCAUCGCUGUACCUUGGGACCGGCCCCCUGGAGCAAGAGCUGGUGGACUGUAUAGAAGACGCGCUGUGCAGUACAGAGUGUGAAGACCUGCAGGUGUCUAUACUGCUGGACUACACCCGAGGAUCGCGGGGUAAGAAGAAUUCCCGCAGCAUGCUGCUCCCUCUACUGCGUAAAUACCCAGACAGAGUGCGCGUGUCGCUCUUCCAUACACCCAACUUGCGCGGCCUUUUGCGAGCGCUGACGCCAGAGAGGUUUAACGAGACCAUCGGCCUGCAGCACAUGAAGGUCUAUCUGUUCGAUGACAACGUCAUCCUUAGCGGAGCGAACCUCAGCGACUCCUACUUCACCAACCGCCAAGACCGCUACAUCCUGCUGCAGGGCUGCGCGCAGCUGGCCGACUUCUUUAGUGAACUGGUGGAGGCGGUCGGAGAUGUGUCUCUGCAACUACAGCCAGAUGAUUCCAUGGAGGUAGAAGAAGGCAUGGAACACCCGUAUCAAGGGGACAAGAAGAAGUAUUGUGAAGCUGCCAGAGAGCGGGUAAUGAACGUGAUAGAGACGGCCAGGAGCAAACAAUGUGAGCUACACAGCGCCAGCUUUCAGAGUGGACAGCUUGCCCUGGGAGAAGACCCUCCAGAUACCUGGGUCUACCCGCUGGUGCAGAUGAAACCGUUCGGUAUCCACAUAGACGAGCUCGUUACAGAAACGUUACUGACGGAGGCCGAGAGAGGAGACCGGCUCCAUCUGACCACUGGAUAUUUUAACCUGACACAGGGGUACAUGGACCUAGUGCUGGGCACCCGGGCUGACUAUAACAUUCUGCUCGCCUCACCCGAAGUCAACGGCUUUUAUGGGGCCCGGGGCAUCGCAGGCGCCAUACCGUCCGCCUACGUGCAUAUAGAACACCAGUUUUACAAUGAAGUCUGUAGGAAAAGGCAGCACCAUCGGGUCCAGCUGCGGGAAUACUUUAGAGACCAGUGGACAUUUCAUGCUAAAGGUCUGUGGCUGUAUCCAGCAGGUAAAAGCAUGCCGUGCCUCACUCUCAUUGGCUCUCCAAAUUUCGGGUACAGGUCGGUCCACCGGGACCUGGAGACCCAGAUCGCACUGGUGACCGAGAACCAGGACCUGCAGAGGCAACUCCAUCAGGAGCAGCAAAGCCUGUACGAGCGAUCAAGUGAAGUGACUCCUUCCACUUUCCGGCACCCGAGCCGCUAUGUCAAGCUGUGGGUGAAACUGGUGACUCCUCUAAUAAAGAAUUUCUUCUGA